AUGGAUGAGACUAUAUCAGAAGGCAUUAUUCCUAAGAUAGGAAUGGGGUUCGAAACUGAAGUUGAAGCAUAUGAUGCCUAUAUGAAAUAUGCUAAGGCAACUGGUUUUGGAACACAAAAAAAGACUGCUCAUAAAGAUCCAAUCACAGGUAACAUCCUUGACGUUAGUUUUUAUUGCUGUAGAGAAGGUUUUAGAGCAACAAAUAACAGAGGUGUUACAGUAAAUAAUCCGCGUCCUGAAAUAAGGUGCGGGUGUAAGGCUAUGAUGAAAAUUAAUGGUAGAUAUGGGGGAAGGUUUCGAAUUGUGAAGUUUGUUGAAGAGCACAAUCAUGAAUUGUGUGGUCCUGAAAAAUCUUACAUGUUUAGAUGUUUUAGACAAAUGUCAGAUGUUCAACAAACUCAAGUUGAUGUGGCUCAAAGUUGUGGGUGGCCUUCAAAGAAAAUUAUCGAUGUAAUGGCAAAGGAAGUUGGCGGAAUUCAACAUCUUGGUUUCACUCAUAUUGACUUGAAGAAUUAUUUGAGAACAAAGAGGACUUUAGAGAUCAAACAAGGUGAUAGUGGGGGUGUUUUACAAUAUUUACAAAGGAUGAUAAGUGAAGAUCCACACUUUUACUAUGCAAUACAGUUGGACGUGGAGGAUCUGAUUACAACUUUAUUGUACGAUGAAACCAUUGAAACCUUUGAUUGGUUGUUUGGUGCAUUUGAAGAUGCCAUGAUGGGAAAGAGACCAAAAACCAUCUUAACAGACCAAGACCAAGCAAUGAGUGCUGCUUUAGCUUCCAAGUUGCCAUCAACUUACCAUCGCCUAUGUGUUUGGCAUAUUUUUCAGAAUGCAGCCAUUCAUCUUUCUAGUGUUUUUUCGAGCUUCAAGAACACAUUUGCAACUGAUUUUAGUCGUUGUGUGUAUGACUUUGAAGAAGAAUAA